AUGGCUAUCGCCUUGUCGGCACUAAACACCGGCGUGAUCAUCACUUUGCUCUUCCUGAGCAGUGCAAUUUCCAUCGUAUUGGGAGGAAUCGCCUGGUCGCGCAUAGUGUCGCUCUUCCUGCCCUUUCCAGCCUCCUGGGGAGCAAUAUCUACGCUCUAUCCAAUCCUCCCAUUUCUCUUUGCAUUCGUCUCGGAUAUCCUUGCAUCUCGGUAUCAGCAGAGCGUUGACACGCGCAAAUAUCAGAUUGCGUUGUCGUCAUCAUCCUCUGCCGAGACUGUCACUGAUGGUAAUAACGACAAUAACGAUACCACAGUGAUGGUCGCCAACAGAAACAUCAUCAAUCGACCCUCGUCGAGACCGUCGCUUCCGAGACCCUCACUUCCUACUUCUCUCUAUCCCUUCAUUGCAUCCACCUUAGACCAUUUGCUGACCAUUCUCCCUACCGUGAUCGCCACUCUCGCCGCCACAUAUGUCGCACCGAGUGAUAAUAGGUGCCAUCUCGAGCAAACCUGGCAAUCCUUCUAUCACAACAAGGACGUGAGAGCUAUCCGUACGAUACAAGACCAAUUGCAAUGCUGCGGUUUGCGCAGCACACGAGAUAGAGCCUGGCCGUUUAAGGAUUCAACACACGGCGAUAAUUCGUGUGAAAGCACAACGGGUUAUCGGCAGAGUUGCUUGCAGCCGUGGAGUGAGCAGGAGAGGCGUGUUGCGGUUUUGGUUUUGGUGGCUGCUGUCUUUGGUUGGGGUAUUAAGAUGGGGAUAAGUUCACUAAACCUCAGAUUUAUCUUCCGGGGCAAUCGAGGCAAUGCUUGGACUAACUUUAACCAUGAGAACAUUACUCGGGAUGAAUCUACAGGCCCUAGAUACCGUGAUGAUGAAAACGCGGAUUCGGGGCAUGGAGGGGCAUCAGAUGACGACCCUACCAUUAGCAGGAGCCUCCUGAUAAACCCUGGCUCGCGAGAUUUCCCCUCUCUAGAGGACACGGAUCUUACGGGGACGGGCCGAGGGAGAUAA